AUGCUACUUCUGCUGUUGCUACUGGUGACGGUGGAAUUCUCCCCCGUCAAAGCGUACGAUCCGACCGAUCCGGAAAUAGCCAACAUCGUUCCACCGAAGGGCACGUUCGAGGCAUUCUAUCCGCGGGAAAUGUACGGCGUUAAGAAUGGCAACUCCCGGCCGGCACACGCACACGGCAGCUUCUACUCGCACCGCAAUCCGGCCCUGGUAGACGUCCGGAAUGCAGCCGCCUACGGAUUUCGGUUCGAUGGAAAGCGACGGUUCAAUUUCGACUAG